AUGCCGAGAAUUAGUCUGGAUUUGACGCCUAGGCCACAGCCGCAGCGAACUCGUCGAAGCCACAAAAAUUCAAAAGACGGUUGCCCUAAUUGUCGUGCAAAACGUGUCAAGUGUGGUGAAGAACUACCUAGUUGCCGACAAUGCGUGCGCAGAAAAUGCCGAUGUGGAUACUUGGACUUCCCAACGGAACGAUUAGAGCAACUUGCCCUCAAGAACAAAUCUAAGCUUGAAGCUGAGCUGGGACUUAGCUCUACUGUUAAUUCAGCAGUGACGUCUGGUACGAACACUCCUACUGAUGACAAAACGCUUGUUAAGAAGAGCCCAUCAAAGAAGAAGACAAAGAAAAUCUCCCCGGUGGACUCAAAAUCGGCUUUGUAUUCUCAACAUCACUCAUCUCAAAUAGCAUCUCUUGCAUCACGUACUCUACCGCCUCAGCAAUCUCAAUCUCAGUUGGAUCCAAGGUACUAUGAGCACCAGAAUGGCGUUUCUGACAUACAAAAUAUGAAAUCACUGCUGAUGCAGUAUAGUCAAUCUGAGUAUCGUCCUGAUGGUUCUGCCUCUGCUUCUGCCGUGGCUCGCAUCGGUAGUAAUCCGCAGCCUACCCAGAUGUUCCAAUCUGCCCAUCUGUGGGCUUCCACAAAUGAUAGUAAUGGGACCCUCAACAACCAAAAGUAUAUUGGCCCGGUUUCAAACCCUAAUUACAAUUUUCAUAUGAACAAUACUCAACAUUCGGCAAACCCACAAGCGGGUCAUGGACAGUCAAACAUGCACGCAAACGAUCCAAAACUGAGUUUUACGUAUCUGGAUUAUUCGUCGAACGCUCACGUUGUGCAGUCACGAAUGCCUCAACAGCCAACUCCACCAUCUUUAGGUCCUGGGCAUUCUCAGCCUCUUCUUCAGCAAGACAUCAAUAGCGGCUACAAUCCAGUCAAUGCCUCCUCUCUUGACUAUCAAAGAAAAGUCAUGGCGGAUAACGCCGAUCAUGACUCUAAGUUAUCUGACUAUCAACAUCAAUCUCAAUUGGGUCCCUUGAACUAUAAUCUGAACUUUCAGCAUGCUGACACCACCAACCAUCUUUCAGAUGAUAGUCAUCGCUUCAAAACCUCGAAUUCUGUGGCAGUAUCUCCCAAAACAACGUCUCUUUUUCCCUCCAGUCUCUCAAAUACCUCUGGUACCUCUUCUGUCCAACAUUCACACAAGGGUCUCUCUUUGGGUGGGAAUUCAUUUGCUCCAGGUUCUUUCGAGGAUCUGCUUUUUGAUCAACUGCAUGAUCUGUAUGGUCUGUACAUGUUGAACAUGCAAGGCAACCAUUCAUACAAUCAGGAACAAGAUUCAACCAAAAAUGGUCCGGGUUUUAGCAGACAGGGUCCUUUAUUUGAAAUAGGAGAUAAAUCCGUUGUCAUAGAUGGCGGUAAUACCGAUAGCAGGCGCAGCUUGAUUAAAGUUCGUGAUAGAGAACGAUCAACUGCUGAUUUGGAACAACCAAUGAAACCUCUCUCCAGAGUUAGGAGCUUAAUUUAUUCUAAUGCAUUUCAUGCAGUUAAUCAAGAAUUCGGUCAGCUCCAGGAUCUAGUGCCAGAUAAUUUCACAUUAUGGAACGAUGACAAAUUAUUUGAGUCAAGCGAUAAUUUGAGCAUUAAAAGUGGGGAUCAGGUUCUUUUGAAUCAGGGACUCACAUUGAAUGACUAUACGUCUAUGAGCCCUAGUAGCACUAUCAAAUCCGAUACCAAUUUGGGCUCUGAUUCGACUCUAAAUCAGCAGUAUCAGAUUCAAGACGUUCCUUUUCGUAAGGGCAAUCCCCUUCCAAAUGCAAUUGUGAGAAGAACUACAUUUCCUCGACUCAAAAUUCCUGCUAAUUUACUAAACCAUAGUAUUGAAAGUCAUGUUCAGAAAAACAAACUUAAAGCUUUGAAUGGUGGAUUGCGGUCUAUUGAUGCCGGUUUCGAUUUCAGACCGGUAUGGGAUGAAAAUGAUGCUCACCGGUUCUGGCUUAUCAUUUUUGAACAAGCUGCUGUUCUUGAUCUAUAUUUCCACUACUUUAUUGAUAAAUCUGUCAAUAUUUUGGUCCGCGCCUCUGACGCUAUUGUUAAUGGAGAUGACAUCAGCUUGAACCUGAACUUAAAUUCUUCAAACAGUCAACAAUCUCUUAACAAAUUCUUUCAGUUUUUCUACAACAAGCAGGACUUGCGCAUUUUGACUCGAAAGUCUUAUAUCUCGUAUGGAAAUCUCAUCAGCAAACUUAGAGAGUCUAUUGCGGUCAUUGGAGAACAGUAUACUGCAAGGAUGUCGCUUUUCUCUGCUCAUGGAUGCUAUGUGAAUCCAAGUCCCGAGAUGUCUUCAUUUUUCCUCAUGUUCACAGGAACACUUAUGGUUCUCAAGAAGAUUCUUGAUGAGAGCAAAACUCCUGUAAUUAAUUCAUCCUUAAGACAAGAGGUUAUGCUCAUUAAUCAAUUUUGCCUGGCCUCUCGUUACCCCGAGUACCCUUUCUACGUUGUCUUAGAACUUGGUCAAACAUUUAAAACUUACAAGCACUACGUUCAAGAGCAAAUAGCAUAUUAUGAAAGUGGACUACAUGUGGAUGAAGAGCUUCAAAAAGCGUUCCAAGAUCCAAUCUUUCAUCACGAUUUGAAGGAGCUUGAGAAAUUUUUAGUGAAGCUUCAUAACCAGUUCUAUCCCGCAAUCUCCGAAUGCAAUUCUUACUACAAAAUGCGUCACAAUUAUGCGAAUGAUUGGAGUAUACAUUUUGCAUCGCCUGCAUUGAUCUUUGACUUGGCUUAUGAAUGGUUCCGUGUGUACCCUGGUGAUAAAAUGUCAAUGGGCUCUAAAACAAAUCCACUCAAAAGAGUCUUGUAUCUCUUCUUUCACGCUUUGGCAAAAUGCUUGGCGCAUGUUCUCACCCCUGUGAAGUCGCUUCUGAUUGUUGAUGCUUGCAAUGUGACCUUUACCAAGGUCGGUAUGGUAUUCACAGAAUUGGUUACAACAAAUUCAGAAGAAUAUUCUCCACUUUCCUCGAUCGCUAUGACCUUAUUUAAGACAAUCAGUUUCUUUGAGAACAGACUGAGGCUCUUUGGAUUCUAUACUGAAAACUCAACUGUACUCAACGGUGAAUUUCUUAAAGGCGUCAAUUCCGACCCUCCGACUAAUUGGAAAUACCGUGAUAUCAUUCACAUCCUUCCGCCAAAGCUCGUAAGUGGAGAGCAGCAUGUUCAGCAAUUUUCAAGCAGUGUUCUUAGCAUGAAAAACUAUGCGUUUAUGGAUGAGUUGAGUCGAGACUCGAGAUACUUGCAUCUCAUUCAAGCAGAAUUGAGUCGCCAAAGGUAUGCCAUUGACAAUGAGCCCUUGACCUUCUUGUAUGAGGAAGGUCUAUCCAAUCACGAUUUCAACCCAAAAUCUAUCAUCAACCGUUUGUCAUAUGAGCAGUUGGAAACCCUGAAGCGGAAUGGACCAUUGCUGAUCGAAGCGAUGAAAACAAGAAUCGAAAACUUAAUCGCUAGCAGAGCAGAGGUGUCUAGGGUUGUGACGCAAUAUGGGGCACAAACUGACUAG